AUGUUGUUUCUCAUUUUUGGCUCGAUCGGCGGGGUCAUCUUCGUGCUCUGGUGGAUGUUCACUGUGAGCAAAUGGUUUCAAGCUUGGGAGGACGAGCCCAUUAUCAGGUACUCGAUUGAUGUACCCAAACCUGCGGGGGAUGGCACAGCGCUAGAAAACCCAUCAAUCAAGGCUCCUGGUUCAACAGCAAUACAGUGUUAUGCGCCGGCGACUGGCGAGUUCCUUGGACUCGUAAAUCCUGCAACUCCUGAGGGCAUCGACCGCGCAAUUGAAAAGGCACAAUCAGCACAGGAAAGAUGGGCCCGCACAACGUUCUCCCAACGCCGACAAGUCCUUCGAUGCCUACAGAACUACAUAAUUGAGAACCAAGACGAUAUUUGCAGGAUAUGUUGUCUGGAUUCUGGCAAGACAAUGAUCGAUGCUGAGCUUGGAGAGAUUUUAGUGACGGUGGAGAAGCUUCGCUGGACGAUAUUGCACGGAGAGAAGGCUUUGACCGCAUCUCGAAGACCGACAAACCUUCUUAUGGCGUAUAAGAAGAAUGUGGUCCGUUAUGAACCCCUCGGUGUGGUUGCUGCGCUUGUCUCUUGGAAUUAUCCUUUCCACAACCUAGUCGGGCCAAUUAUCUCCGCCAUUUUCGCAGGCAACGGUAUCGUUGUCAAGGUGUCCGAAAAUACCGCUUGGAGUGCUACUUACUUCUCGUUGAUCGUCAAAGGCGCUCUUCACGUUUGCGGUCAGAACUCCAACUUGGUUCAAGUUGUGUCUACCUGGCCUUCAACCGCAAAUUACUUGACAUCACAUCCAUCAAUUUCUCAUAUCACUUUCAUCGGAAGCAGACCAGUGGCCAAACUUGUCGCUGCAUCAGCAGCAAAAUCUCUUACCCCGGUCUUGGCCGAGCUAGGUGGCAAAGAUGCUGCCAUCGUCCUGGAUACCGCUCACAAAGACAUACCCCGGAUCGUCGAAAUCCUGCUUCGAGGCACUUUCCAGGCAGCAGGACAAAAUUGUAUUGGCAUCGAACGUGUCAUUGCCACUCCAAAAGUCUAUGACAAACUCAUUCUCGAAUUGGAGCCUCGCAUCAAGGCCAUUCGAGUUGGCUCUGGUCUCGACGCACCAAAAGAUGACCAGGUUGACAUGGGCGCUAUGAUUUCCGAUUCGUCAUUUGACAGACUUGAGAAACUCAUUGAAUCGGCAGUCAAGGACGGUGCACGUCUUCUCGUUGGUGGAAAGAGACUAAAUCAUCCAAAAUACCACUCCGGCCACUAUUUCCAACCCACCCUCCUGGUAGAUGUCACCCAGGAAAUGGACAUUGCGAAUGAAGAAUGCUUCGGACCAAUCUGUGUACUCAUACAAGCCAAGACUACCCAAGAAGCCUGCAAGAUAGCCAAUUCAGCACCGUUCGGUCUUGGAGCUUCUGUUUUCGGUAAUCGAGGUACUGAAAAUGAAGCAUGCAUCACGCAUCUUAAGACAGGAAUGGUUGCCAUCAAUGACUUCGCUGCCUACUACGCCGUUCAGUUGCCCUUUGGAGGUGUACGGGGAAGCGGAUACGGACGAUUUGCGGGAGAGGAGGGUCUGAGAGGAUUGUGCAAUAUAAAGGCAGUCUGUGACGAUAGGUGGGGCUGGGCGGGGAUCAAGACGGCUAUCCCGAAGCAGAUCAGGUAUCCGAUCCCAGAGACGGAGAAAGGGUUUCGGUUUACGAAGGCGGUGGUUGAGAUUGGCUAUGGAUCGGGGAUUAAGGGGCGGUUUGCGGGUUUGCGAAAGAUUCUCAAGAAUAGCUGA